AUGGCCCUCAAAAUGGUCAAGGGCAGCAUCGACCGCAUGUUCGACAAGAAUCUGCAGGAUCUGGUGCGCGGCAUCCGCAACCACAAGGAGGACGAGGCAAAAUAUAUCUCUCAGUGCAUUGAUGAAAUCAAGCAGGAGCUGAAGCAGGACAAUAUCGCAGUGAAAGCCAAUGCGGUCUGCAAGCUGACCUAUCUACAGAUGCUGGGCUACGAUAUCAGCUGGGCUGCCUUCAAUAUCAUCGAAGUGAUGAGCGCCUCCAAGUUCACGUUCAAGCGAAUUGGCUACCUCGCGGCUUCCCAGUGCUUUCACGAAGGGACCGACGUCAUCAUGUUGACCACCAACCAGAUCCGCAAGGACCUGAGCAGCCCCAGCCAGUACGACACUGGCGUUGCGCUGACUGGCCUAUCCUGUUUUGUUACCCCAGAUCUUGCCAGAGACCUGGCCAACGACAUCAUGACACUGAUGUCACACACCAAGCCGUAUAUCCGGAAGAAGGCGGUGCUGAUCAUGUACAAGGUGUUCCUGAAGUACCCUGAGUCCCUGCGCCCCGCCUUUCCCCGCCUGAAGGAGAAGCUGGAGGAUCCCGACCCUGGAGUCCAGUCAGCGGCAGUCAACGUCAUCUGUGAGCUGGCCAGACGCAACCCCAAGAACUACCUUUCCCUUGCCCCGCUCUUUUUCAAGCUCAUGACCUCUUCCACCAACAACUGGGUCCUCAUUAAGAUUAUCAAACUGUUUGGUGCUCUGACCCCCUUGGAGCCAAGGUUGGGCAAGAAGCUGAUCGAGCCUCUCACCAACCUGAUCCACAGCACGUCCGCCAUGUCCCUUCUGUACGAGUGUGUCAACACCGUCAUCGCAGUGCUCAUCUCCUUGUCAUCCGGCAUGCCCAACCACAGUGCCAGCAUCCAGCUCUGCGUUCAGAAAUUGAGGAUAUUGAUAGAAGACUCCGAUCAGAACUUGAAGUACCUGGGGCUCCUGGCCAUGUCCAAGAUCCUGAGGACGCACCCCAAGUCUGUGCAGGCACACAAGGACCUCGUGCUGCAGUGCCUGGACGACAAGGAUGAGUCCAUCCGCCUGCGGGCCCUUGACCUCCUGUACGGAAUGGUGUCUAAGAAGAACCUGAUGGAGAUCGUCAAGAAGCUGAUGACCCAUGUGGACAAGGCCGAGGGCACAACCUACCGUGACGAGCUGCUCACCAAGAUCAUCGACAUUUGCAGCCAGUCCAACUACCAGCACAUCACCAACUUUGAGUGGUGCGGCCUGUGGGCUGGCAGGGCUGGAGGGAGGGAGGCAGGGUGGCAUUGGGGCUUGCGGGGCCCUUCACAGACCCGGUCCCGCAGGUAUAUCAGCAUCCUUGUGGAACUGACACGGCUGGAGGGCACCCGCCACGGCCACCUCAUCGCCGCACAGAUGCUGGAUGUGGCCAUCCGUGUGAAGGCCAUCCGCAGGUUCGCCGUGGCACAGAUGUCCGCGCUGCUUGACAGUGCCCACCUGGUGGCCAGCAGCCCUCAGCGCAGCGGCAUCUGCGAGGUGCUCUAUGCGGCUGCCUGGAUUUGCGGGGAAUUCUCCGAACACCUGCAGGAGCCCCAGCAGACACUGGAGGCCAUGCUGCGGCCCAAGGUCACCACGCUGCCGGGACACAUCCAGGCUGUGUAUGUGCAGAACGUGGUCAAGCUGUAUGCAGCCAUCUUGCAGCAAAAGGAGCAGGCGGCAGAUGCGUCCGCAGCCCAGGAGGUUACCCAGCUCCUGGUGGAGCGGCUGCCACAGUUCGUGCAGAGUGCGGACCUGGAGGUCCAGGAGCGGGCAUCCUGCAUCUUGCAGCUGGUCAAGCAUGUGCAAAAGCUUCAGGCCAAGGAUGUGCCGGUGGCAGAGGAAGUGAGCUCCCUCUUUGCUGGGGAGCUGAACCCGGUGGCUCCCAAGGCACAGAAGAAGGUUCCAAUCCCCGAAGGCCUGGACCUGGAUGCCUGGAUUAACGAGCCGCUCUCGGACAGCGAGUCUGAGGAUGAGAAGCCCAAGGCCAUGUUCCAGGACGAGGAGCAGCGACACACCAAACCACGGGCGCCCGAGGCAGACGAGCAGGAGCUGGCCCGGCGCCGCGAGGCCCGCAGGCAAGAACAGGCCAACAACCCGUUCUACAUCAAGAGUUCCCCAUCCCCCCAGAAGCGGUAUCAGGACGCGCCGGGUGUGGAGCACAUCCCCGUGGUGCAGAUUGACCUCUCGGUGCCUUUGAAGGUGCCAGGCAAGUGUCUGUGGAUGCCCCUGUCGGACCAGUACGUGAAGCUGGAGGAGGAGAGGCGGCACCGGCAACGGCUGGAGAAGGAUAAGCGGAAGAAGAAGAAGCGGGAGCGUGAGCGCCGGGGCACGCGGCGUCACAGCUCACUGCACACGGAGAGCGACGAGGACAUCGCACCUGCCCAGCGUGUGGACAUCAUCACUGAAGAGAUGCCUGAGAAUGCCCUGCCCAGUGAUGAGGACGACAAAGAUCCCAAUGAUCCUUACAGGGCCCUGGACAUUGACCUGGAUAAGCCCCUAGCUGAUAGCGAGAAGCUGCCCGUCCAGAAACACAGAAAUGCUGAGACCUCCAAGUCCCCUGAGAAAGAGGAUGUCCCCCUCGUGGAGAAGAAGAGCAAGAAACCCAAGAAGAAGGAGAAGAAGCACAAGGAGAAGGAACGGGAGAAGAAGAAGAAGGAGGUAGAGAAGGGUGAGGACUUGGACUUCUGGCUGUCUACUACGCCACCUGCUGCCACACCAGCCCCGGAAGAGCUGGAGGUGAACACCACAGUCACUGUCCUGAAGGAGGAGCAGGAGGAGCCCCGGGGAGAGGAACAGGACGCCGAUGAGGACAGGGAGCAGGACCUGGAGAAGAAACCCUCCAAGCACAAGAAGAAGAAACACAAGAAAGACAAGGAGGAGCGGCCCAAGGACAAGAGGAAGUCCAAGAAGAAGGUGCCGCCAACAGAUGAGGAGGCUGCUGAGCCUGUGGAGAAUGGCACACUCGAUGAGGAGCCCCUGCCGCCCAUGUCCAGUUACACCCUUUUGGCUGAAAAUUCUUACAUCAAAAUGACGUACGACGUGCAGGGCAGCCUACAGAAGGACAGCCAGGUCACAGUUUCCGUGGUCCUGGAGAACCAGAGCGACAGCUUCCUCAAGAGCAUGGAGCUCAAUGUGCUAGACUCGCUCAAUGCCCGGCUGGCCCGGCCCGAGGGCUCCUCGGUCCACGAUGGUGUCCCCGUGCCUUUCCAGCUGCCCCCUGGUAUUUCCAAUGAGGCCCAGUUUGUGUUCACCAUUCAGAGCAUCGUCAUGGCCCAGAAGCUUAAGGGGACCCUGUCUUUCAUCGCCAAGAACGACGAAGGCUCCACCCAUGAGAAGCUUGACUUUAAACUGCACUUCACCUGCACCUCGUACCUGGUCACCACGCCGUGCUACAGUGAUGCCUUUGCCAAGUUACUUGAGUCUGGGGACCUGAGCAUGAGCUCGAUCAAGGUGGAUGGCAUUAGUAUGUCCUUCCAUAACCUCCUGGCAAAGAUCUGUUUUCAUCACCAUUUUUCUGUUGUGGAGCGAGUGGAUUCCUGCGCCUCCAUGUACAGCCGCUCCAUCCAGGGCCACCACGUCUGCCUCCUGGUGAAGAAGGGUGAAAAGUCGGUGUCGGUGGAUGGGAAGUGCAGCGACCCCACGCUGCUGAGCAACCUGCUAGAGGAAAUGAAGGAGACGCUGGCCACGUGCUGA